CAGGAGUUGGGGACUCUAGUCCGCUUCAAGCAGACCAAAUGCUGUAGGUGUGAAAGCUUUCUUAGUCAGAGGCUUAGUCCUGUCCAUGAUGAAGAACCGUGACCGCUCCAGCCGACUUGCUCUGUAAAAGUAGGAGAAGGGACGGGUAACGAGUUUUGCAACAAGCUAUAGCAGCUGCUGUUUGGAGACAGGCCAGACACUAAUCUGAGACUGCUAAUGUAGCAAUAGGUAGCGUUCAGUGACUGAGGUGUUAGCUCACUCUGUGAACAGUCUGCUAGCCCGUUAGCCACAAAAAUAUCUGAGAGGUGCUUCAAGGAGCGAGAAGAUGUGAAAGACUGAGGAGAUGACGGUGAUGUAGGGCUGUUAUAGCACAGGGAAGUCCCUCCCCUGGAGAACCGACGUCUCUUUCCGCCUGCCAGUCUGGACUGGUGCAGAGUAAUAUUGCUCCUGGGAACAGUGCAGAAGGCGUGUCCCAUCGUGAGAUCCCCAAACAAAUGUUGAAAGAGAACCAUUUAGCAAAAGAGACACCAUUCAGACAUGAAGGUCUUGAACCGAGAGGAACUGCGGGUGGCUGAAGGAGUCCUGCUCCAACAUUUACCAAAGAGCUACAAGGUGUACGGCAUCCUGUACGGUAUGAACAGGAACAAACCCACCACCCUAGAGGUGGUGGUCGACUCUUGGCCUGAUUUCAAAGUGAUCAUAUGUCGACCAGACCCCAAAAAUAAAUUCGCCCUGGAGUUCAUGAAAAGUGUGAUAUGCUUCAGCACAGAUGAGCAGGUUUUAAGGAAAAUCCUGACAGAAGAAAAUGCAAUCGACUGGAGCACUUACUUUAUAAUUGGAGGACUUGACAAUUCCCACACACCCCUGCUCAAAGAAGUUUCAAGUGACCGGGAAGUCAACAGCAGGUAUCACACUAUGGUGCGUCUUUUAUAUUUACCUGAAGUCAGCUGUCUGCACUCACCAGCCACAGACAGUGAGCUUGAAUCGAGGAUCUCAUCACUCAAACCUUCCCACGUGUCACUGGUGAACCAAACUUGGAAAUUUGGAGGGAACCAGCAAGGUUAUAACUACAUCAGACAUCUAAUCAGCAACUUCCCUUCAUGCUGCAUCAUGGACGAACACGGCCAGCCGGUGUCCUGGAUUAUGGUGUAUGAUUACGGUGCUUUGGGGGUAUUGUACACGCUGCCAGAGCACAGAGGAAAAGGUUAUGCUAAAGUGCUGAUCAGCACCCUGGCCAAGAACCUGCUUGCUGAGAGGCACCCGGUGUACUGCUGCAUCGAGGAGGAUAACUCAUUGUCCUACAAGCUCUUUAAAAACUUGGGCUUCAUUGAGGAUCCUUCCUACAGGCCAGUGUGGCUUGAGUUCAACUUUUGAACAUCUUUUAAAUUGACCAGCAGCAAUUUGAUCAAGUGAAUUGAUCCUCAUCGAGAUUAAACUAAAAUUAGUUUUAAUGUAUUUCAUAAUCAGUUAAGAUUCUUAAUUGUUUAAUUGUGUUGAUUUAAUGCAAUUAUUUUAUUUCUAUGCAAAUCAGUGUGAAUGGAAAUAAAUACAUUUGCUUUGCCUCAAAUGUUCCAUCAUUACAGAUCAGUGCUGACAUAAUUCUAUGCAUCCACUUAAACAGUAAUGAUUGUAUCUGAGUUUCAAAAUUGUCUUUUUUUUUUAUCUUUUUACAUGUUGUCAAGUUUGUGAAUCACUUUGUUGUUUUGAGUUUUGGUCUUACAAUUUGAGUUUGUACCAGUGAUUCAGUUCCUUUAAUUAUUUUAUUAGAUAUAUAUUUGGUAACUUCUGCUUGACUUCUUCCUCUUUUGAAUUUGUAGAAAGUCUGACAGUUAUGAAACUGCUUCCAUUUUAUUCAUUUUAAACUGCCAUAACUACCAUUAUGUUGACCCUUUAACAUCAUAUAGACAAAGUAAAUAAAUGAUACAGUUUUCAAAUUUGUUCAGUGGAUUAAAGGAGAAAAUACUACAGGUACCACAGCAGCACUCAUUAGUCUGUAAAAAGGAGGAAAAAAGAUGCAGGACCUUUUUGCAGAUCUUCAUUCUUUUUUCCAUAAAGACACUUUUUAAUAUAGAAAGCAUUUGGAAAUAUUCAUCUGUAACGUUGUUUUCCUUUUAAUUUCAA